ACCCAGGGGUUAAAAUGGUGAGUGAAAGCCAUCAUGAGGCCCUGGCAGCACCGCCAGCUACCACAGUAGCAGCAGCCCCUCCAAGUAAUGUCACCGAGCCAGCCAGUCCUGGAGGAGGGGGAGGAAAAGAAGAUGCAUUUUCUAAGUUAAAAGAGAAGUUCAUGAAUGAACUGAACAAAAUUCCAUUGCCACCUUGGGCCUUAAUAGCCAUAGCCAUAGUUGCAGUCCUAUUAAUCCUUACCUGCUGCUUUUGCCUCUGUAAGAAAUGCUUGUUCAAAAAGAAGAACAAGAAGAAGGGAAAGGAGAAGGGAGGGAAGAAUGCUAUUAACAUGAAAGAUGUUAAAGAUUUAGGGAAAACCAUGAAAGACCAGGCUCUUAAGGAUGAUGAUGCUGAGACGGGGCUGACUGAUGGGGAAGAGAAAGAAGAACCCAAAGAAGUGGAGAAACUAGGGAAAAUCCAAUAUUCUUUGGAUUAUGACUUCCAGAACAAUCAGCUUCUGGUUGGGAUUAUUCAAGCAGCUGAGCUGCCUGCGUUAGAUAUGGGUGGCACAUCUGAUCCCUAUGUGAAAGUUUUCCUGCUUCCUGAUAAGAAGAAGAAAUACGAGACAAAAGUCCACAGAAAGACACUUAACCCUGUUUUCAAUGAGCAAUUUACAUUCAAGGUGCCAUAUUCUGAGCUGGGUGGAAAGACUCUAGUGAUGGCAGUUUAUGACUUUGAUCGUUUCUCCAAACAUGAUAUCAUCGGGGAAUAUAAGGUUGCAAUGAACACAGUGGACUUUGGUCACGUCACUGAGGAGUGGAGGGACUUGCAAAGUGCAGAGAAGGAAGAGCAAGAAAAGCUGGGUGAUAUCUGCUUCUCCCUCCGUUAUGUGCCUACUGCUGGCAAACUGACUGUCGUCAUUCUGGAGGCAAAGAACCUGAAGAAGAUGGAUGUCGGUGGACUAUCAGAUCCCUAUGUGAAGAUCCAUCUGAUGCAGAACGGUAAGAGGCUGAAGAAGAAAAAGACUACAAUUAAAAAGAACACUCUGAAUCCCUACUACAACGAGUCUUUCAGCUUUGAAGUACCAUUCGAGCAAAUUCAGAAAGUGCAAAUUGUUGUGACUGUUUUGGACUAUGACAAGAUUGGCAAGAACGAUGCCAUCGGGAAAGUCUUUGUGGGCUACAACAGCACCGGAGCGGAGCUGCGGCAUUGGUCAGACAUGUUGGCCAACCCCCGGCGGCCCAUUGCACAGUGGCACACCUUACAGCCCGAGGAAGAGGUAGAUGCCAUGCUGGCAGUCAAGAAGUAAAUUAAAUUAAAUUAAAUUAUGAAGAAGAAAAAGAAGAAGAAGCCUUUCUGCAUUUGCCCACAUAGUGCUCUUUAGCCAGUAUCUGUAAAUACCUCAGUAAUAUGGGUCCUUUCAUUUCCAGCCAUGUGUUCCUGACACAGAUCAGUUGUACUUUAAAAUUCCUGUUUUAAUUUGCACAAAUUUAAAUGUAGAAAGCCCUCUAAAGGCGCUUCAUUUCACCACUGCCCCCAAAUCUACUCUUCUUUUAAGCAAUAUGAUGUGUAGAUAGAGCAUGACAGAAAUUAUUUAUUGUAUCACACAGUUGUAUAUAUACACCAGUAUGCUGAGAAUUUAUUUCUAGUUUGUGUAUUUGUAUGUUGUAAGCGUUUCCUAAUCUGUGUAUAUCUAGAUGUUUUUAAUAAGAUGUUCUAUUUUAAAUUAUGUAAAUUGACUGAGAUAUAGGAGAGCUGAUAAUAUAUUAUAGGGUAACUAUUGUAUCGUCUGCAUUCCAGAAAAAAAAUUCCAACUUGUAAGGCACUAGUAGUGUUACACUGACAUCUUAAAGGACAACUUAAAUCUGAGCUUUCAACUGGACCAUCCUAAUAACACGCUACACGUUCACAGUGAAUCUUGGAGGGGCAAAUCCAAUUGGGUAGACUUCUUUCACAGGCAACUUAGCAUGAUCUGAGCAGCUCCAUGGCUGACCUCAAGGAGAUGUAGCCAGAAGGCAGGAUGUAAUUUUUUUGUAUAUAUUCCAAAGCAAACACAUAACAGACUGAAAUGGCUUUAGAUUGAAAGUUGAGGAAGCGGUUCCACAGGAGGCAACGAUUUCAUCUAACAUACAAUGACAGACCAUUGCAGAGGUUGUGCAGGGAGGGGGGGAAGGGAGGGGGGAGACGCAGCAGUAGUGAAAUGCUGCCAUGAAAACAAGAGUAGCUCUCCGUUAUCACCUUUAUACAAAAUUUGCAUACUGUGAAUUCCAUCCAUGAUUUCACAUUAUAAUGAGUUUGCACAUUAGACUUUGUAACAAAAUAUUUUAUUAUACUAACUCAGUUUAGAAGGAAUGCAGAAUAUUUUUUAGACACAGCCGUGUGAGUUUAUUAUACAAAAUAGUUUCAUGGUAAACAGACAGUAUUGUAAACCCAUCAGAAGAUAACAAAAUUUAGCCAUAGUUCUAAAUGCACUUCAAAGUAAGCCAAAAGAGAACAGCUAGUGACCUUUUAUAUACUAUUUAUACUUAAGUUUUAAUUUGUCCUUU